AAGAAACUAAGCUAAGGAAUUCCCAUCCAUCUUGAGCUCCUUGAAUUUAUUAUAACCUGCUUUUCUGAAAUCCAAGACAAUGUCAUCUUUUGGGACCUCAAAAGCGUGCCUUCUCUGUAGCAAUGCCUGCCUCUGGGAUGAAGUUCUCCCCAAGAUCAGAUGGCACCCACUCUGCUGUUGUUCAGAAGAGUGGUGAAGACCUGGCUUUUGGAACUCAUUGCAUACCUGGAUAAAGUUUCUUGCUGACUUUUUUCCUGAGGAGUGUAAUUCUUUGAGGCUCAUACCUCAGUCUCUCAAGGAAUAGCAGCGUGGGAAAAGGUAUAAAAGUUAAUGUUUUCUUCUACCCGGACAAAGGAGAAUGGGGACCCUACACCCAAAAGAAUGAAGACUCGACAGAAUAAAGAUUCUAUGUCAAUGCGGAGUGGUCGAAAGAAGGAGACUCCAGGGCCCCGAGAGGAGCUCAGGACACGGGGUCGAGCAUCUCCAGGUGGUGUCAGCACUUCCAGCAGCGAUGGCAAAGCUGAGAAAUCCCGACAAACUACCAAGAAAGGUCGUGUGGAGGAAUCGAUGGCUCCUAAAGGAAGCAAGCAGAGUCGAUCAGAGGAGAUUUCAGAGAGUGAAGGAGAAGACACCAAUGCUGCAAAGAAAACUAAAACAGAAGAGCUGCCAAGACCACAGUCUCCUUCUGAUGUGGACAGCCUAGAUGGUCACAGCUUCAAUGAUGAGACAAGCAGUGACCCACGAGACAUUGACCAAGAUAAUCGAAGCACCUCUCCCAGUGUCUAUAGCCCUGGCAGUGUGGAGAAUGAUUCCGAUUCCUCCUCUGUGCUUUCACAAGGACCCUCUCGCUCUUAUCAUCACCCCCCACUCUUUCCCCAGAGCCCCUCACCAGCUCCCCUGACGGAGGGCCUAGCACGUCCAGCAGAAUCCAACUUCAGCUUAACAGGGGAGGUUCAUCCUCAGGGCCCCACGAGUGGCUACCAAUCUCAGCUUGAAGCCCAGGCUUCAAGGAUUUUCCAGGCGCAGGCCCAAGCCCCCCCAGUUCCCACUCCAUCCACCAACUCAUCCUCCUCCCCCUCUUCUUCAUCCUCUUCCUCCUGCACUAUGCAUGCUUCUCUGUACCCGAAUGCUAAUGUAGUCCAACUGGGGCCCAAAGUUGUGAGCGCAGGGGUGGGAAUUCCAGCACCAAGUGUGCGUGAGCAGUCCCUGGGUACUAAGCAUAACCCACCCCCAACUACUCCUAUUUCAUUAGCCUCUGUGGCAGGUGGCUUGCCUCCUCAGAAGACACCUCCAAACAAUUCCCCAUCAAUAAUUCCUUCUGCUGCUGCCACCUUUCCCCAUGUGCUGGCCAAUCUGCCUCCCCCUCCAGCUCUGCGCCCUCUAAAUAACAUGUCUGUGACUUCCAGCUCACCAGGGGUGGUGGGGCAAGCAUUAAGUGGACAUCUUUCAUCACCCCAUGCAAUAGGGCAGGAUAAGUCACCUGCCCCUUCUCGUUAUCCCUAUGCUCCCCCUCCUCCUCCACCCCCCAGCUCUUCUGCUCAGUAUCCCCUUCCUCCUCCUUCCCAGGCACUACCCAGCUACAGUUCAUCAUAUGGCCACUCCUUUCCACCACCCAGCAGCCUCUCUGUAUCCAGCCAACCACCCAAGUACACUCAGCCCUCCAUGCCCUCCCAGCCUGUGUGGAGUCAAGGCCCACCACCAUACAGCCGCCCACUAGGGAACACCAACUCCCACCCUCCUGCCUCCUUUCCUGGUCAAUCCACUCAUCACCAGCAGCACCAUCACAACCACAGCAGUGGUGCUGGUCUCUCUCCAGCAGCAGUUGCCACACCACAAACAUCUGGUAGUUAUUCCCACCCACUAGAAGCAGGUCCACAUCACCCUUCUCAUGCUGCCUAUGGGCUACGCCUCUACCCACCUCAUAGCCAUGCUACAUACAGCCAGGCUCCUUCUGCAUCCUCCUCCUCCUCCUCUUCCUCUUCCUCCUCCUCUUCCUCCUCCUCGUCCUCCUCCUCAUCCCAGGGGACAUACCCCGGACUCUGUAGCCAUCCCCAAGGGCAGAGCACAGCCACUUAUGCCUUUCCUCCCCCACCUCCACCUUCACCUGCACAUGGGGCUGGACCCCCAGUCACUUCUGCUUCAGUUACCCUCUCCACUGUCAUAACCACAAUGGCCUCUUCUUCUACAGCCCCGUAUAAGACAGCAUCACCUCCAGUAGGACCGCCAACGACAGCCCCUUAUGGAAAGCGUACAGCUUCCCCAUCUCCUACUUUCCAGCCGCCAACCUCGUACAAGCCAGGCUCUCCUCCUGCAUCCUCAGCAUCCUCAUUCCGGGUAGCCACACCACCAGGAUACAGACUAAGCUCUUCUCCGGCAGCUGGGGGCUACAAGGCCUCCUCACCAGCCCCCAUGGCUCCUCCCGCCUCUGGAAGUAUGGCUGCCCCUGCCCCACCCUUGCCUCCCCUGCCACUCAGUGCUGCACAAAUCAAACAAGAGCCUUCAGAGGAAUAUGAGACCCCCGAUAGCCCAAUGCCUCCAAUUCGGAGUCCUUCCCCAGCCCCCAAAGUGGUGGAUGUACCAAGUCAUGCCAGCCAAUCAGCCAGGUUCAACAAACAUCUGGAUCGUGGCUUCAAUUCCUGUUCACGGACUGAUCUCUACUUUGUGCCCCUGGAUGGCUCCAAACUGGCCAAGAAAAGGGCUGAUCUUGUUGAGAAAGUGCGCAGAGAGGCUGAACAGAAGGCCAGGGAAGAGAAAGAGCGGGAAAGAGAGCGAGAACGAGAGAAGGAGCGGGAAAGGGAGAAGGAAAGGGAACUGGAACGAAGUGUGAAGGUUGCCCAAGAGGGCCGGCCAGUGGAUUGUCCAUCUCUUGGCCCUGUUCCUCAUCGUCCAUCUUUUGAGCAAGGCAGUGCUGUAGCAACUGUCCCACCCUAUCUGGGUCCUGACACGCCAGCCCUUCGCACCCUCAGCGAGUAUGCCCGGCCUCAUGUCAUGUCUCCGAGCAACCGGAAUCACCCCUUCUAUGUCCCAUUGGGUGCAGUUGAUCCAGGACUGCUCGGUUACAAUGUGCCAGCCAUCUACAGCAGUGACCCAGCCACGCGGGAGAGAGAAUUGCGAGAACGGGAAGCCCGUGAACGAGACCUCAGGGAUCGUGAUCUGCGUGAGCGUCUUAAGCCUGGCUUUGAAGUUAAACCAGCUGAGUUGGAGCAGCUCCAUGCCGUGCCCAGUGCUGCAAUGGAUCCUUUUCCACGGCAUGGGGGGCUGGCUCUCCAGGCAGGUCCAGGCCUCCACCCUGCUUUUCCCUUCCAUCCAGGGCUGGGCCACCUGGAACGAGAACGGCUAGCCCUGGCGGCUGGCCCAGCCUUGCGCCCUGACAUGUCUUAUGCCGAGCGAUUAGCAGCUGAACGACAGCAUGCCGAGAGAGUGGCUGCUCUGAGCAACGACCCCUUGGCUCGGCUGCAGAUGCUCAAUGUGACCCCCCAUCAUCACCAGCACUCCCACAUCCACUCCCACCUCCAUCUCCACCAGCAGGACGCCAUCCAUGCAGCUUCUGCCUCUGUUCACCCUCUUAUCGAUCCACUGGCUUCUGGGUCACAUCUCACCCGAAUACCCUACCCAGCGGGCACUAUACCUAAUCCACUUCUGCCUCACCCACUCCAUGAAAAUGAAGUGCUGCGCCACCAGCUUUUUGCUGCCCCCUACAGAGACCUGCCUGGCUCUCUUUCUGCCCCAAUGUCUGCAGCACACCAGCUCCAAGCCAUGCAUGCACAGUCGGCAGAGCUGCAGCGCUUGGCCCUGGAACAGCAGCAAUGGCUGCAUGCCCAUCACCCUCUGCAUGGAGUGCCACUUCCCACACAAGAGGAUUACUACAGUCAUCUGAAAAAAGAAAGUGACAAGCCCCUUUAAAUGGACCCCAUUCCCCAUGAUGAUGUCAUUAUCCCUUGUUGCUGCUGCUUCUUCUUGGAGAGGAAAAUCAACUCACCAAACCUGGAUGAGGGAGAAGCUACCUAGUGACACAGUUCCUUAAGUCAUUCCACAAACCCAAACAACUGUGGUGGGAGGGAAGAGGGUAGUACAAGGGAAAAUAUGAAAGAUCAACAAGGACUUUGGACAAGUG